AGUGACCUCCCCUUGCCUGUGGAGAUGAAGCAUUCGCGCCAAAUUUUCUUCAGAAUCUUCCAUCACAGACACCAGUGGGUCGCUCGUUACACAUUUUGCUCAAGAAUGCCUAGCGCAGAAGUUACUCUUCAGUUUGCUAAGCUAACCAAGAACGCUUACACGCCAACACGAGGGUCAGAAAAGGCCGCUGGUUAUGAUCUGUACAGUGCAUAUGACUACAUCAUACCAGCACGAGGAAAGAUCGUAGCCAACACUGAUAUUCAGAUUGCUCUUCCUGAUGGAUGCUACGGUCGUGUUGCUCCAAGGUCUGGCCUUGCUGUAAAGCACUUUAUUGAUGUUGGAGCUGGUGUGAUUGAUCAAGAUUACCGUGGCAAUGUUGGUGUGGUUCUUUUCAACUUUGCUGACACAGAGUUUGAAAUUAAAAAGGGGGACAGAAUUGCUCAACUCAUUUGUGAACGGAUAUAUCUGCCUGCUCUCCAGGAGGCUGAGACUUUAGAUGUAACACUACGUGGUGAUGGUGGCUUUGGCUCUACUGGCAGAAAUUAAUGAUUUUUCCAGAAGCAUUAACAUCACUAUCAUGUUAAUGUGUAAUUUCAUACUCUGACAGUGGUUAGUACUCUGUGUGUAUGAUCUAGAGAAUGUGUAAUAUAAUUUUCAUAUGAAGCAGGCUGCAUCAGUUUUGCUGAUUAAAAGUAUUUGUGCAUUCAUUGUUAUCCAUUAUAUUAAAGAAAUUAAGACACAA